AUGACCGACGUGAUGAGCUCCCCCGCGCCGCCAGGCUCCAGCGACGACGCCGCGCUCGACGCGCGCAUCGCGUGGGCGAACGAGACGCGCAAGGCGGUCACGCGAGCGGACGCGCUGUGCGAGGACGGAUCGAUCGAUCAGCGCUUCUUCAAGCCGAAGAAAGUGGUGUUCGCGACGGAGAAGGCGAAGUGGAACGACGACGACAAGGAGAACCUGUACCGAGGGAUCGCGAAGCACGGGAUCGACCCGAGCUCGUGGAGGAAGAUCAUCGACGAGUUCUGCCCGGGGAGGGAGGUGCUGUUCAUCCGCAUCAAGGCGUCUAGGCUGAUCGGCAGCCAAGGCUUGAACCGGUACCACGGGUGGUCGGGCACCAAGGAGGAGAUGAUCGCGGAGUACAACAGGAACAAGGCGAUCGGGGAGGCGACCGGGUGCUGGAAGGGUGGGAUCCUCGUCGAGAACGAUCACGGGCACGCGAUGGAGGCGAUCAGGAAGCGCGACGCGGAGGAAGAAGCCGCCGGGAUCGUGCCCCCGGGGAAGCGCGCGAAGAAGCAUUAG